GAAACGAGCGAACUGGUUGCUGAACUGAAUAAAUUCAAAAAGGACUAUUUGGUCGAAAUUAUUUUAUUGAAGAGAGUGCCUAAUUCUAUAACUGUGAGUGAGAACUUGAGAAGGCAUAUUGAAAGUGACAAUGUUGAUGGCCUAUUGGAUACUGGCGAGUGUUGGACGAGUACUAACCUAAAAGGUGAGAACAACAUUCCAUCUUUGAAAUCUAACCUGGCCGUCAUGAGCGCUAAAUUAGAAGCGUCUAGUCAAAUUCUUGCUGAGAAGGAGAGGCAUAUUCAAGCUCAGAAUACAAUAAUUGAAUUACUGAAAAAUGACAGUAGAAAUAUAUCGAUGAAAACAAAGGACAGUGUUGCCAAUAAUGACCGACAUUCUUCGAAUGUAAGAAACGACGUUGCCGAUAUCCCGCGCAAUUCACUAAGAAAAGGAAAACUGGAGUCUGAAGUCGUCACAAAUCGGGCAGAUCUGCAUGGAUUCAGCAAAGGAAUAAUUAACGGAAAAAACAAACAGAAAACAGCUACAAUCGUUGGUACAACACAAGUGGAAAAUUCAGAAAAGCUUAGUUUUGCAGGAGCAGUGAGGAGAGCUUGGCUACAUAUAGGUAGAGUCCAAAGGGGUGUUUCAUCGUCUGAAAUAGAGAAAUAUCUCAGAUCUAAAUUUCCAAGUGAAACAUUCGAAAUAACAGAGAUUCAAGCAAGAGAAGGUGCGAACAGUGUUUCUUUCAAGCUUGGUGCGAAUUUCUCCCUACUGGAAGAGCUCACUAAACUCGAACUCUGGCCGACAGGAAUAACAAUAAGAAGGUUCAAAUUUUUUCGUUCCUCAGAACGGCAAAAAAAACGUCCAGAUGUAUGUUGAACCUUAACUGCGCUUCGAUAAGAGGGAAAGCGGAGGAAAUAGAGCAAACAUUUAAUCGACACAACAUAGAUUAUGGAGUGAUUACUGAGACAUGGAUUACAAGCGA